CGCCGCCUCCUCCCGUCAGCGGCCGGGGCUGGGGGGGAUGAGGAGGGGACGUCUGAAGACGAGGUGGGGGGGCAAGGCUCCCCCGAAUCCAAGAACGGCUGCUCAGGGACUCCGCGGCCUGGCCUUCCUUUCUUGACCCCCGGGGCUUUCUACUCCGGGGGCCCGCACUGCUGCAGCCCCAAGCUCGGCUGCACGCCACUCCCCACGCCGCCGCCGCCGCCGCUCGCUCCCGGCCCCGCCGCCACCGCGGCCGCCGCUGCCCUGCCAGCCCGGGAGGCAGCCAGUGCGCGCAGCCGCACUGCGGCCCGGCGCAGACGGCAAAACACCUACCGCUCCGCCGGGGGGGGGGGGGGGGGCGUGGACCAGCGUGUGCGGGUUACGGGCGCGGGCGCGGGGGGCCGGGAGGGGGGCGCACGGGGGCGCAGGGCGGGCGCGGGCCAGCUCGGCCCGGAACGCGCGCCGCCGGGGCCGAGGAGGGGACUGGCCAAGCUGGUGGAGGAGAGCAGGAAAACGUGGGGGAGGUGCUGGCGAGAGAAAGAGAACUUGCGUGAGGAGGAGGAGAAACCAAGUAUUUGGCGUGGAAAUGGGAUUUUGGGGUUUUUUUCUGGCAUCUUCAAAUCAGGAAAAGUGAAAUUAAUCAACAUCCCCCCCCCCUCCCCUCGACAAAUGAGGAUUGCUUUCUCCCUGGGGAAGACAGCAGGAAUGGGGGAGCAAGAAAUGAAGGUCCAAUCAGGAGAGAGAAAACACACAGAAAUUUGGAAAAGUGUGUAACAUAAAUAAUUAUUAACCCUACCAUUGGAUUGGAGUAAUGAUGGGUUAGCAAAAAGUGAAGAAGAUUCUACAGCUACUACCCCUGGAGCUGAGAUCGCACACCCAAGAGAGAGGCCCCCUCAAGGAGCCUGAGAUCCAGACCUUGCUGUGGAAGGCUGCUGUGGCUCACGGAAUGGCAGAGAAGUUCUUUACGGCACCAUAUUGGUAAAGUGUGCUGGAAAUCCACCCUCUGAAGUCCCAGGGAAACUUCACAGCCGCACUUUGCUACAAAGCUGCCCAAGGGAGGUGCAGGGAAGCUAUUGGCCACUGUGAACUGCAGAAGGGGAAAGUAAUAUGUCCUGGAGAAGCUUGCCCAGCAAGCAUACCAGAAUGAGGAAGCAAAAACAGUUUCCCCCUGCAAUGUAUUUCCAGUGCCCUCUAAUGACAAAGUUCCAGCCGGCAAGGAAAAAUAUUUAAAGGGCCCAAACCUGUUUACACAAAGCUGGCAGAUAGGUGGAAUUUGGAGCUGAGAGGCAAAAAAUAAUAAAUAGCACACACUUUUGCCGUAUCCCAUGAAUUUUAAUGUGCUGAAUUUUUAUUAUCUAAUUGUCGUAGUGCUUUCUUGACUACUGGGUUAUUUAGAAGGGCAUUGCUUAAUUUCCAAAUAUUUUCAGAUUUUUUAGUUAUCUAUUAAUUGAUUUCUAGCUUCAUUUCACCAUGGUCCAAGAAGUCCUCUAUAUGAUUUCAAUCUUUUGAAGUUUGUUCAGACUUCUUGUAUGCAUAGCAGAUAGUGUAUUUUGGUAAAUAUUUCAUCUCUACUGGAAUGUGCUUUCUGCAGUUGCUGGGUAUAGUGAUAUAUACAAAUAUAUAUUGAAUAUCUAUUUAAUAAUAUAAAUAUAUUUUUAUAUAUAUAAAAAGAUCAAGUUUAUUAAUAAUUUUGUUCAGAUUUCUAUAUAACUUACUAUUUUUGUUAUCUAGUCAUUCUAUGGGGUCUAAUACACCAGAAGUAGGAUAUUAAACUAUGAUUAGGGUUCUACUUCUCCUCUACUCUUCUAUUAAUGUUUAUGUACACUGUUUGAAGCUAUGUUAAAACAGACAUAAAAAUAUAGGAUUGUUGUGUCUUCCUGUUGAAUUGCCCCUUUUAUCUUUAGGAAAUGCCUCCCUUUAUCGGUGGUACACUUCUUGCCUUAAAGAUUCUAUUUAUCUAUUUGAGAGAGAGAGAGAGAGAGGGAGAGCAGGAGCAGGAGAGCAGAAGGAGAAGAAGCAGGCUCCCCGCCGAGCAGGGAGCCCGACGUGGUGCUCAAUCCCAGGACCCUGGGACCACGACCUGAGCCGAAGGCAGACGCCUAACCGUCUGAGCCACCCAGGUCAGUGCAUCUAUCUUCGAGCUGGUGCCAAUGCGGCUGCAUCCAAUUUUGGAGAACAGUCUUGGGCCACUAGUUGCUGCAUCAUCCGGAAAUGCCUGUGAAAUAAUACCCCACCACUUCAGUGGCCUACAGCCAAUGGCUGACUGAUAUGAGGGUACAAAACACCUUCUCAAGGCGUUUGAAUGCAGAAUUAGAGGCAAAAACAGCUGAUCUGGUUCGUCAAGCUGAGGAAGUAAUAAGAGAUCAGCGAGAAGUACAAUCAAGGCCGGUCUCAACACAAAUUAAAUCAUAUGAAAAGGAAGAGGAUUGCAGUUUAAGAGGUCUGUUGUCUGAAGGGAUAGUUCAUCUACAUUCAGAAACUAAGCCAAAGACCGAAAAUGUUGAUGCAGUAAACAAGGUUCAAAAUAAACUGCGCUCUGCGAAUAAAGGAAGGAAAACAAAUUCAAGUAUAAAAUUGAAAUACUCUGAUGUACAGACUGCCAAUGAUGUUGCUAUUCCAGAGGAUUUUUCAGACUUUUCUCUUGCAAAAACAAUUAGCAGACUUGAAGGGCAACUGGAGGAAGAAGGUUUGCCUGAUUAUAUAGAUGAUGAUAUUUUUUGUGGUGUUAGUAAUAAUAUUGGAACAGAAGCCCAGAACAGAUUUUUAAAGGCCAAACUCCGUGUUAUGCAGGAGGAAUUGGAUAAUGUUGUAUAUGAAUGCAAUAAAAAGGAAAAUGAAAUUCAGGAUUUAAAGUCUCAGAUAAAAAACUUUGAAGAAGAUUGUGUGAGACAGCAGCGAACAAUUAAUUUGCAACAGUCUCAAACAGAAAAAUAUAAAACUCUUUUUGAAGAGCUAAAUAAAAAAUGUGAUGGAUUACAGCAACAGCUGUCUUCAGUAGAAAAGGAAUUAGAAAAUAAAAGAAGACUACAAAAACAGGCUGCCAGUAACCAAAGUGCUACAGAAGUUCGGUUGAAUAGAGCUCUAGAAGAGGCAGAAAAGUAUAAACUGGAGUUAAGUAAAUCAAGGCAAAAUAACAAGGAUAUAGCCAAUGAGGAACACAAAAAAAUUGAAGCAUUAAAAUCAGAAAACAAGAAGCUAGAAAAACAGAAAGGAGAAUUAAUGAUAGGGCUCAAGAAACAAUUAAAAUUAAUUGAUGUUUUAAAAAGGCAGAAGAUGCAUAUUGAAGCUGCCAAGAUGCUGUCUUUCACUGAAGAGGAAUUUAUGAAGGCAAUUGAAUGGGGAAAUUCAUAAAUGAUCUACUUUAUAAUUAAAGUAUACAGACUUU